CUUGGGAUGAGGGUACACGAAACCCAUAGGGACGGUAUCUCGCGUGGUUUUGAAGGGCUCAAACUACCGCCCUCCCCUGAGUCUAGAAACAGGGCUUGAGUAUCGAUUCUGCAAUUUGCAUGCCGGCACCUCAUUAACCGAAUUUGCUUUCACUUCAGCUUGUCGCCACAAGCGUGCUCUGGUACAUCUCGACCGCCAAUACGAACCCGCAAUAUCAGUAGAGACAUCCUGCUAGCUGAAAGGUCGCUUAUAGUGGCUUGCUAUGGCAAUCUGGGCGGCAGCGGACCGUAGGCGAAGGCAAAGCCUCGUGGGCUAGACGACCCGUUAAGGUACCGCCUAACGGCAUGCAGCAAUGUCAGCAUGAAAACCGCAGGCCUAGAUCACCAAAAAAAAGUAUGUGCCUGCAUUGCACGUGGCUUGACAUGCGGCCCUGGCCUCGUCGGAAGAGCCGACAGGUACGCGACACCUCCGCCUCCACUCAACCCCAGUGCGCAUCAUUUUCUUACCGUGGCCCCGGUAAGCACCCGCGAUGCAAGGCUGAAAACAAAUAAAAGUUUUGUUUAUGUUGCGUAAACGAAACCUCCACGUCCCAACGCAGCAACGUACGAUGUGGCUUUACUGCGUAGGCGAGGCCGCAGCAAAGAUUGCCCGAUAACACAUCUCGGGUAACCGCACAUUCGUGUAACUGCAGAUUCUGA